AUGAUGAACUGCAUCGUAUACUUCUUUCUGCUGGUCUCCUUCACUGGGGCCUCUGCCAGUGGUAUAGUAGGUGGUAGGGUGUCAAAGCCUCAUUCAAGACCCUACAUGGCAUCACUCCAGUUUGGCAAACACCAUUCAUGUGGUGGGAUACUUAUUCGGAAGGACUUUGUUCUGACGGCAGCACACUGCAAAGACCAACAAGAAAUGACAGUGGUACUUGGUGCACAUGACAUUACCAAGAAAGAGAAAAGUCAGCAAAGGAUCCAAGUGGCCAAGUACUACCCGCAUCCGAAAUUCAAUGGAAAACAUGAUUAUGACAUUAUGUUACUUCAGUUAAAAAACAAUGCCACGCUGAAUAGGUAUGUGAAGCCCAUUGGACUGCCAAAGAAAAAUGGCAAAGUUCCAGCCAACGUUAACUGUACUGUGGCUGGUUGGGGAAGGACGGGAGCUGACAGUCCUGCCUCAAAUGUUCUGAGGGAGACCACAGAGAAGAUGCAAUUCAGUGAUGAGUGCAAAAGGAAAUGGCAACAGUAUUUCAAUUCUAAGAACAUGAUAUGCACCAAGUUUUCCAAAAAGAUGGGUGGGGUUUGCCAGGGAGACUCUGGCGGACCGCUCAUCUGCAACAGCAAGCCUCAAGGUAUAACAGCUUUCACCGAUCCCACAGACUGUAAUAAUCCAAAGUAUCCACAUGUCUUCACCAAAGUUGGUGCUUUUAUCCCCUGGAUUGAGAAAGUGAUGCAGAAAUCAGGGAAUGUUGCAUGAGCAAUUAUUCAUAGGCUCAGAGUACAGCUUUUUCUUUAUUUGCUUUUUCAAUGAUAAUGCUUGGUAAAACAAAAUUUAAAAAAAAAAAUGUUGGUCUGAGUUUUGAAUUCAAAAAGACAAAGCAUGUGUAUGCAUUUUUUACACAUGGAACAAGCAGAAGUUAUUAUAUUAAAAGGUUUGCAAUAAAAAACAAACAAAAAAUUGCUAGAGCAUGACUCUUUAUUUCUUCAUUGGCACAACUCCAUUUUGCAAAUCUGUUGUGUAAAUCUAUAAACUACUUAUAUAUGUUUUAUAGCUGAUGUUUCAGCCAGUGGGAGCAGGGUAUGGGGGUGUAGUCAGAAAGUGUGAUAGCUGACAGGUAGUGUGAAACCCACAGAUGUUAUCACCAAUCCACAGACCACUGCAGUCAAAUGUAAAACUAGAUCUACACGACCAAGUUAUCUUUGUGGAAUUUAAAUUGAACAAUUAAUGUAAAUGCCAACUAUUAUUAAUUAUAUUGCAGGUCAAAGAAGGUUGAAUGAAAUUUGUCCACAUUUGACAUAUUUAUACUUCCCUCAGUACAUCCACACCACAGAGAUGAAAGUUUGUAUCAAUGCUAAUCUGUUUGACAGGCUGCAAUAGAUAAGUAAACACUGCAACAUACAACUGGAGUUUCUCACCUUGUCAAAGAACCUGCAAAGUGUUAUUGUAUUUGAUGUGCCUGCUACAAGGUAUCUCGGGUUGGUGCUGAGUCAAAGCUAAUGUGUGCUUGUAUAAAAUGUCAGCAUAGUCCAGUAAUGACAGAAGAGUUACCUAAAUUACAACUUUUCUUAUGUUCAACAGAAAACAUGAUUUCUUCCUCUAAAAAACGUCAUAAUUUGCAGACAUGUUUGGUCACAUGGUUUGGAAUUUUCCAAACUG